AGAAGUCUUGCAUAUGCAUGUUCAAAAGCUAAGCUAUUUCAUCUACCUUUCCCCCUCUUUCCCGCUUUCUCUACUUUGCACAACACAGCAGUCUCUCAUUCUGGCAAGAUGUUCAAAAUCAGGACACUUGUGCAAAAGUUCUGGAUUCUCUUUGAAGUGUGCUUCUUUACGGCUAUUGGUAAAAUCUGCUUGAUCUUAUUCCCAGCUACCGUGAAGAGAUACAUUUUGAAACAAGGGGGAAAGAGCAGUAUGGCAAGAAACCCCAAUUUCAACUAUGAAAACUGGGGUCCAACUUUCUUCAGUCUCCAGUACUUACUCUUUGUCUUGAAAGUCAGAUGGCAAAGGCUAGAAGACGAGGCGUCUCAAGGCUGUCCUGCUCCUAACACCCCUCUAGUAGAUUUUAGAGGGGAAAUACGUCACAUACUGGACUUCAUGCAAGAAAAUAGGCCUUUGGUCGUGGCAUUUGGAAGCUGUACCUGACCUUCAUUUAUGUUCAAAUUUGGCAAAUUCAAGAAGCUCAUCGAAGACUUCAGAUUUGCAGCAGAUUUCCUUAUAAUCUACAUUGAAGAAGCUCAUGCCUCAGAUGGAUGGGCUUUUAAGAACAAUGUUGCAAUUAAAAGUCAUCAAACCCUCCAAGAGCGUAUCCAGGCUGCACAGGUCCUACUGAAAGAGAAUCCCUCGUGUCCAGUGGUUGUAGACACAAUGGAGAACCUAAGCAGUUCCAAGUAUGCAGCUCUACCAGAAAGGCUUUAUGUCCUUCAAAAGGGAAAUAUUGUCUACAAGGGUGGAGUGGGACCCUGGAAUUAUCACCCAGAAGAAGUACGUGAAGUCUUGGAAAAACUGCUAAAUUAGAACUAUAAAACAAUGCAUGGUAGGUGGCUCCCUAUGAAGGGAUUGCCACAUUAAACAGCCUGUAUGCCGGGGGUGGGAGAACCUUGGCCAGUAAGUCCCUCCCAAACAUUAGCUAUUCAGCUGGAAACAGCUAAGAUGAAAGAAGGUUUUUGGAUUGUGCAAAGUGCACACUUGCAACUGCUUCCUCUGCUAGAAUGGACUAUUCUUCAGGAGAUCAGAUGAUCUUUCUCAGUCAAAACAGAGCGGUGGCAUGGGCAGCAUGUCUAAUGUUUGGAAUGUUUAUUCGAGAAGGUUCUAGCAAAUUUCUGAAUGGAGAUAUUGUAAUGGUUUGUUAGUCUUGUUUCUAUUAAUAUUUGUCUAUGAUGGUCAUAGCUUAAAACAUGGGGCUGUGACCUGAUUUACAAAAAAAAAAUAUUUACAGAAACAAUAUACUAAACUAUUAUGAUCAAACUGUCUCAUUACCAUCUUUACAGGCUUGUUUUUAAGUAUCAUUGUUUGAUAUUGUGGUUGUCAAAAGGAGCAAAGGAGAAAUACCAACUGCAGAAUGCUGGAUGGCGGUGGUUGCAUUGGUGAAAGAUGAAGGCUUAUUCCAUAAUAGAUCACUUAAAGUUCUCUGUUUCUAAGGCUGUAUUGGAUAGAUAAUAUGCAGGAGAGAUUUUGAUGCAAGAAGAUUCCUGAAUAUUCAUCCAACUCAGACCAUUGCUAGAGCAAAUGCCUUGGAAGGAAUACUGCAGUUUUAGGUGGAUCUGUCCAACUAGCAAUGUUAGUCUACUAGUUAGUUGCUAGUGUGCAAUUAUUGCACACUAUUUGUUGUUGUUAACACUACCUAUGAAUCUGUCUUCUUAAGAGGACCAAAUGAUAUUCUAAGCAUUCCCAAGUAUACAAAUGUACCGUGAGAUUAUUUUACAUUUGGCUUAAAACAAACAAACCAGGAACCCCAUGCCAUAUAGCAUGCUUGGUUGAACAUGCUGCAAUAGCCUGAUAGGACCUGGACAACAAUAUGUCGAGGGUCACAUGUUCUCCACCCUUGCCAUAUUUACCAAAAUACACUUGAAAUUCUUCCCAGUUUCAAAAGCAGAAUGGCAUGUGAUGGGAAAUGCUACUCUUUGAGAAACCGCAAGCUCAAAGGCCCUUUGGGUACCUGAGACUAGUCAAAUGGUCCUUUUGAUCCUAGCCAUUGCUUAUCUGGGUCUUGCUCGGCCUACAUGUGCAUCACACCCAACCAUGAUGAUAUGUUCUGUGCAUACAGUAGAACAGUCAUGAUGGACUAAAAUGGACAUUGUACCAUGUCUGGCUUUUUCCUGUGAAAGCUGCUUGAAUCUGAGUGCACAUUUUUGCUGUUUUCAAUCAAGGCUUCCAGUGACUUGGCAUUCUGCAGAGUGGCAGAAAAGCAACCAUAUUGCCUAAACAAAGUGAGAGCAUAACAUGUUUUGGCAAACUGAUGCUGGAAGUGUGUCAGAGGUCCCUUCAUGAAAAACCACUUGUACAACAGGGCCUCGUUUGAUCAUCUUUCUUCCUUCUCCCAUAUGGAUUAUGGUAAUACAUGGUCCAUGUUUAUGGGAGUCUGUCCAUACAAACAGUAAAACUGAAAGGAAAAAAAAAUUAAUGGAAAGAUCCAGCCCCAUAGUCCCCUUGCUGAUUGAUAUAAAAGGCAUGCUCAGUUCUUCUCCAUCUUUUAUUUGGGGAGGGGGAUGUUGCACAGUUUAUGGUUUUAUCCUUUCCUGCUGCUUUCCACCUUGCUUCGCAAUCUGGUCUACAGCUGUAUGUUUGGGAACUAUGAAUUUCAUUGCUGUAAUAUGCUAGGAACGUAGAAUUAUUUACAACAGAUCGACUGGAGGGAGAUAGCUGUUAUGUUAUUCACUUGGAUUGAUUGCUUUGUCAGUGCAUGCCAUUUGUUAUUCAAUAUGCAAAUCAUAUCCAAUUGCUAAAUAUUUAAUCAUAUUUUGUAUUCAUUACUAUAUAUUCUAUUUUCUGUAUGCAUUCUGUAUCAUUUAUAAUUCUAUUUCACAUUACCUCCAAUUUUUCAUCUCUAUUAUUGUUUAUAUAUCAAUAAACUAAGUAAUUAGUUUCAGUUACAUUCAGCAGUUUGUGUUUUUUCUUGGGUG